GGAAGUAACAGCCCUCCGCAGAGGAACUGGAAGGGAAUUGCUAUUGCGCUGCUGGUGAUUCUAGUUGUUUGUUCACUCAUCACUAUGUCUGUCAUUCUUUUAACCCCAGAUGAACUCGCAAAUUCAUCAGAAACCAGGUUGUCCUUGGAAGAUCUCUUCAGAAAAGAGUUCAUCAUUCAUAAUCCAGAAGCUAAAUGGAUUAAUGAUACAGCAGUGGUGUAUAAAAAUAGGAAUGGACAUGUUGUUGAACUGAAUGUAGAAACAAAUACAACUACGUUAUUAUUGGAAAAUACAACUUUUGUAACAUUCAAAGCAUCAAGAUACUCCGUUUCACCAGACUUAAGAUUUGUUCUUCUUGCGUAUGAUGUUAAACAGGUUUUUCAUUAUUCUUAUACUGCUUCAUAUGUGAUUUACAACAUACAUACAAGGGAAGUUUGGGAGUUAAACCCUCCAGAAGUAGAGGAUUCAGUUUUACAGUAUGCAGCCUGGGGCGUCCAAGGACAGCAACUGAUUUAUAUUUUUGAAAAUAACAUCUACUAUCAGCCUGAUGUAAAGAGUAGCUCAUUGCGCCUGACAUCUUCGGGAAAAGAAGGAAUUAUUUUCAAUGGAAUUGCAGACUGGUUAUAUGAAGAGGAACUUCUUCAUUCUCACGUUGCCCACUGGUGGUCUCCAGACGGUGAAAGACUGGCGUUCCUGACCAUAAAUGACUCUCUGGUGCCGAACAUGGUUAUUCCCCGGUUUACUGGAGGUCUAUAUCCAAAAGGAAAACAGUAUCCAUAUCCUAAGGCAGGUCAAACAAAUCCAGCAAUAAAGCUGUUUGUAGUUAAUCUGUAUGGACCAGCACAUACACUGGAACUGAUGCCACCUGACAGCUUUAAGUCAAGGGAAUAUUACAUCACCAUGGUGAAAUGGAUAAGCAACACCAAAGCUGUGGUGAGAUGGUUAAACAGACCUCAGAAUAUCUCCAUCCUUACAGUUUGUGAAACCACGACUGGGGCUUGCAGCAGGAAAUAUGAAAUGCAGUCAGACCUGUGGCUUCCUAAACAGAACGAAGAACCAGUUUUCUCCAAGGAUGGCAGUAAGUUCUUCAUGACUGUCCCAGUGAAGCAGGGAGGCCGGGGCGAAUUUCACCACAUAGCCAUGUUUAUUGUUCAGGCUAAAAGUGAACAAAUCAGUGUGAGACACCUGACAUCAGGAAACUGGGAAGUUAUCAAAAUCCUGGCGUAUGAUGAAAAUACUCAAAAGAUUUAUUUCUUAAGCACUGAAGAAUCGCCAAGAGGAAGACAGCUACAUAGUGUAUCAACAGUGGGAUCAUUGAAUCGUCAGUGUCUCUCAUGCAACUUCUUGAAAGACCAGUGCACAUACUUCAGUGCAAAGUUUAGCCCCAUGAAUAGGCAUUUUUUACUGCACUGUAAAGGCCCAGGCGUUCCGGUUGUUAGCGUGCACAGUACAAGUAAUACUGCAAAGUUUUAUAUUUUGGAAAAUAAUGCUGUGUUGAAAGAAGCUGUUUUUAAGAAAAAGAAUUCCAGGACUGAAAUUAAAAUGCUUCACAUUGAGGAUUACGAACUCCCUUUGCAGUUGUCACUGCCAAAAGAUUUCACGGAUCGAAACCAGUAUGCCCUUCUAUUAAUAAUUGAUGAAGCUCCAGGCAGCCAGUUGGUUACAGAUAAGUUUCACAUUGACUGGGACUCAGUGCUUGUCAACUCUGAUAAUGUCGUCGUAGCUCGAUUUGAUGGCAGAGGGAGUGGAUUUCAAGGCCUUAAGAUUCUACAGGAGGUCCACCGAUGCUUGGGAUCAGUGGAAGUGAAGGACCAAAUAGCCGCUGUAGAAUCACUGUUGAAACAGCCCUUCAUUGAUCCUAAGAGACUGAGUAUAUUUGGAAAGGGGUACGGUGGCUACAUUGCAUCAAUGAUCCUGAAAUCCAGUGAACGGCUCUUCAAGUGUGGAGCUGUGGUGGCACCAAUUACAGAUAUGAAGUUGUAUGCCUCAGCUUUUUCAGAAAGAUACCUUGGUAUUCCAUCAAAAGAGGAAAAUACCUAUCAGGCAUCCAGCGUAUUACACAAUCUUCAUGGUUUAAAAGAAGCGAAUUUGCUAAUAGUUCACGGGACAGCUGAUAGUAAAGUCCACUUCCAGCAUUCAGCAGAACUAAUUAAACAUCUAAUAAAAGCUGGCGUUAAUUACACUAUGCAGAUCUACCCGGAUGAAGGUCAUAACAUUGCUUCUGAGAAAAGCAAAUAUCACCUUUACAGCACAAUCCUGGGGUUUUUUAGUGCUUGCUUAAAGGAGGAGACACCAAUUUUACCACAGGAACCUGAAGAGGAUGAAUAA